AUGGGUAACGCACUUACAAUCGUCAUAGCAGCUAUUAUCGCAGCCGUUACUGCUCCUCCAGAGCGACAGAACCGUACGGUCGAAGUGAUCCAAACCGAGUUGGAUGGCCUUAAAAGAGAUUUGAAAAAGGUGCAAGAUGCCUGGCACCAAGGCAUUCCUCCAGAGAUAAGCAACUCUUUUUACCAUUUUGCUGUAGCUGGAUAUACCGGUACUGGGAAAUCUUCUUUAAUUAACGCUCUCCGAGGUUCUGAAGACAAUUUUGAUGGUGCGGCUAAAGUUGGCAUCGUUGAGACAACUAUGGAUAUAAAGAGAUAUCCGGAUAAAAGCUCAGUAUUCAAGCACUUUGUCUGGUACGAUAUUCCGGGUGCUGGCACACCAAAAAAUAGAUGGUGGCAAUAUUUUAAUGAUAAAGGGCUUUAUAUUUUCGACUUUAUUAUUAAGAUAAAAACAACGACAGAAGCAAUCGAAAGGCUUAGCAAAUUGACACGCGAAACUGUCAGAAAAAAUCUCGAAGCCGGCAAUUAUAAUGAUUUGAAUAAAAAGGUUUAUAACAUCGAUAGAUAUAUCUUGGGAAAAAUUGUUUCAGAUUUUACAGAGAAAAAAGAUAUUUCUAAAAUAGAAAAUGUAGAAGACGCAAUCGACGAAGGAGAACUUUUAGUGGAUUUGCUUAAAACAGCUAAAGAGCGUCGUUGUAAAGAUAUUUAG